AUGCGCCCGUCGAUCGCCGCCGUUCAGCGGCCUGCGGCAGGCCCGGAGCCGCGCCGCUUGUCGGGCUGGGCCGCGCGGCGCUCGCUCCCGCGGACGGCGCGGCGCGGCGGGCGGGGCGGCGCGGCCGCGUAUCCCUCCGCCGGCCCUCCCCCGCGCGGCCCCGGCGCCCCUCCCCGCGGGCCGCGCUCGCCGCCCUGCGCUUCAGACUGUUUUGGUAGCAACGGCAACGGCGCGUCCCGGCCCGACUCCCGGCGGCUGUACGGUGUCUGUGGGCCUCCCCGCCCCUUCGUCGUCGUCUUGCUGCCCCUGGCUCCCGCGACCGCGCCAGCCCGCGCCUGCCCGCUCAGCGUCCGCGCGUCCCCGCUGCGCUCCGGCGUCUCCUCUGCGCGCCCGGUUCCCGGCUGUCCCCGCCCGGCGUGCGAGCCGGUGUAUGGGCCGCUCACCAUGUCGCUGAAGCCGCAGCCGCAGCCGCCCGCGCCCGCCAGUGGCCGCAAGCCCGGCGGCGGCCUGCUCUCGUCGCCCGGCGCCGCGCCGGCCUCGGCCGCGUCGUCCUCGUCUUCCACGGUGCCGGCCCCGACCGCGCCGGUGGCGUCUUCCCCGGCGUCCGCGGGCGGCGGGCGCCCCGGCCUGGGCAGAGGUCGGAACAGUAGCAAAGGACUGCCUCAGCCUACGAUUUCUUUUGACGGAAUCUAUGCAAACGUGAGGAUGGUUCAUAUACUUACGUCGGUUGUCGGAUCGAAAUGUGAAGUUCAAGUGAAAAAUGGAGGUGUAUAUGAAGGAGUUUUUAAAACAUACAGUCCUAAGUGCGAUUUGGUACUUGAUGCUGCACAUGAGAAAAUUACAGAAUCCAGUUCGGGGCCAAAACGUGAAGAAAUAAUGGAGAGUAUUUUGUUCAAAUGCUCAGAUUUUGUUGUGGUACAAUUUAAAGAUACAGACUCCAGUUAUGCACGAAGAGAUGCUUUUACGGACUCUGCAGUGAGCGCUAAAGUCAACGGUGAGCACAAGGAGAAGGCCCUGGAGCCCUGGGAUGCUGGGGAGCUCACAGCCAGCGAGGAGCUGGAGGCUCUGGAGAAUGACGUGUCUAAUGGAUGGGAUCCCAAUGACAUGUUUCGAUACAAUGAAGAGAAUUACGGCGUAGUUUCCACAUACGAUAGCAGUUUGUCCUCAUACACAGUUCCCUUGGAAAGGGACAACUCAGAAGAAUUCCUAAAACGGGAGGCAAGGGCAAACCAGUUAGCAGAGGAAAUUGAAUCCAGUGCUCAGUACAAAGCUCGUUUGGCCCUUGAGAAUGAUGACAGGAGUGAGGAAGAAAAAUAUACAGCAGUCCAGAGAAAUUGCAGCGAUCGCGAGGGGCACGGCACAAACACUAGGGAAAAUAAAUAUAUUCCUCCUGGACAAAGAAACAGAGAAGUCAUAUCCUGGGGAAGUGGGAGACAGAGCUCACCACGGAUGGGCCAGCCUGGACCAGGCUCCAUGCCAUCAAGAGCUGCUUCUCACACUUCAGAUUUCAACCCGAACUCUGGUUCAGACCAAAGAGUAGUCAAUGGAGGUGUUCCCUGGCCAUCGCCUUGCCCAUCUCCUUCCUCUCGCCCACCUUCUCGCUACCAGUCAGGUCCCAACUCUCUUCCACCUCGGGCAGCCACCCCUACACGGCCGCCCUCCAGGCCCCCCUCGCGGCCAUCCAGACCCCCGUCUCACCCCUCUGCUCAUGGUUCUCCAGCUCCUGUCUCUACUAUGCCUAAACGCAUGUCUUCAGAAGGCCCUCCAAGGAUGUCUCCAAAGGCACAGCGGCACCCUCGGAAUCACAGGGUCUCUGCUGGGAGAGGCUCCAUGUCUAGUGGCUUAGAAUUUGUAUCCCACAACCCCCCAAGUGAAGCAGCUGCUCCUCCAGUGGCAAGGACCAGCCCUGCAGGGGGAACGUGGUCUUCAGUGGUCAGUGGGGUUCCAAGGUUAUCUCCAAAAACUCACAGACCCAGGUCUCCCAGGCAGAACAGUAUUGGAAACACUCCCAGUGGGCCUGUGCUUGCUUCUCCCCAAGCUGGCAUCAUCCCUGCUGAAGUCGUUUCCAUGCCUGUUCCAGCUGCAUCUCCUACUCCUGCCAGCCCUGCAUCCAACAGAGCUCUGACACCAUCUAUUGAGGCUAAAGAUUCCAGGCUUCAAGAUCAGAGGCAGAACUCUCCUGCGGGGAAUAAAGAAAAUAUUAAAGCAAGUGAAACAUCACCUGGCUUUUCAAAAGCUGAAAGCAAAGGUAUAUCACCAGUUGUUUCUGAACAUAGAAAACAGAUUGAUGAUUUAAAGAAGUUUAAGAAUGAUUUUAGGUUACAGCCAAGUUCUACAUCCGAAUCUAUGGAUCAACUACUGAGCAAAAAUAGAGAGGGAGAAAAAUCACGAGAUUUGAUCAAAGACAAAAUUGAAGCAAGUGCUAAGGAUGCUUUCAUUGACAACAGCAGCAGCAACUGCACCAGUGGCAGCAGCAAGACCAGCAGCCCUAGCAUCUCUCCUUCUGUGCUUAGUAACACCGAGCACAAGAGGGGGCCUGAGGUCACGUCCCAAGGGGUGCAGACGUCUAGUCCAGCCUGCAAACAAGAGAAGGAUGACCGAGAAGAGAAAAAAGACGCAGCUGAGCAAGUUAGGAAGUCAACAUUGAAUCCCAAUGCAAAGGAGUUCAACCCUCGUUCUUUUUCUCAGCCAAAGCCUUCUACUACCCCAACGUCGCCUCGGCCUCAAGCACAAGCCAGCCCAUCCAUGGUGGGCCAUCAGCAGCCGGCUCCAGUGUAUACCCAGCCUGUUUGUUUUGCACCAAAUAUGAUGUAUCCGGUUCCAGUGAGCCCGGGUGUGCAACCUUUAUACCCAAUACCUAUGACGCCCAUGCCGGUGAACCAAGCCAAGACAUAUAGAGCAGGUAAAGUACCAAAUAUGCCCCAACAGCGACAGGACCAGCACCAUCAAAGCACCAUAAUGCACCCUGCCUCUGCAGCAGGGCCGCCCAUUGUAGCCACCCCACCCGCCUACUCCACUCAGUAUGUUGCCUACAGUCCUCAGCAGUUUCCCAGUCAGCCUCUGGUUCAGCAUGUGCCACAUUAUCAGUCUCAGCAUCCUCAUGUGUACAGUCCUGUCAUACAAGGUAAUGCCAGGAUGAUGGCACCUCCAGCACAUGCACAGCCUGGUUUAGUGUCUUCUUCAGCAGCUCAGUUCGGGGCUCACGAGCAGACGCAUGCGAUGUAUGCAUGUCCCAAAUUACCAUACAACAAGGAGACAAGCCCUUCUUUCUACUUUGCCAUCUCCACUGGCUCCCUUGCUCAGCAGUAUGCACAUCCUAAUGCAACCCUGCAUCCACAUACUCCCCAUCCUCAGCCUGCGGCCACUCCCACCGGACAGCAACAAAGCCAGCAUGGUGGAAGUCAUCCUGCACCCAGUCCUGUUCAGCACCAUCAACACCAGGCCGCCCAGGCUCUUCAUCUGGCCAGUCCACAGCAGCAGUCAGCCAUUUACCACGCGGGACUGGCACCAACCCCACCUUCCAUGACACCUGCCUCUAAUACACAAUCUCCACAGAGCAGUUUUCCAGCAGCACAACAGACAGUCUUCACCAUCCAUCCUUCUCAUGUUCAGCCGGCAUAUACCACCCCACCCCACAUGGCCCACGUACCUCAGGCUCAUGUACAGUCAGGAAUGGUUCCUUCUCAUCCAACUGCCCAUGCGCCAAUGAUGCUAAUGACGACACAGCCACCCGGCGGUCCCCAGGCCGCCCUCGCUCAAAGUGCACUACAGCCCAUUCCAGUCUCGACAACAGCGCAUUUCCCCUAUAUGACGCACCCUUCAGUACAAGCCCACCACCAACAGCAGUUGUAAGGCUGCCCUGGAGGAACCGAAAGGCCAAAUUCCCCCCUCCCUUCUACUGCUUCUACCAACUGGAAGCACAGAAAACUAGAACUUCAUUUAUUUUGUUUUUUUAAAAAAGAUACACUGAUUUAACAUCCAAUAGGAAUGCUAACAGUUCACUUGCAGUGGAAGAUGUUUUGGACCGAGUAGAGGCAUGUAGGGACUCGUGGCUGUUCCAUAAUUCCAUGUGCUGUUGCAGGGUCCCGCAAGUACCCAGCUCUGCUUGCUGAAACUGGAAGUUAUUUAUUUCUUAAUGGCCCUUGAGAGUCAUGAACACAUCAGCUAGCAAAAGAAGUAACAAGAGUGAUUCUUGCUGCUAUUACCGCUUUAAAAAAAAAAAAAAAAUCAAGACUUGGAACGCCCUUUUACUAAACUUGACAGAAGUUCAGUAAAUUCUUACCGCCAAACUGACGGAUUAUUAUUUAUAAAUCAAGUUUGAUGAGGCAAUCACUGUCUACAGUGGUUCAACUUUUAAGUUAAGGGAAAACUUUUACUUUGUAGAUAAUAUAAAAUAAAAACUAAAAAAAAAAUUAAAAAAUAAAAAAAGUUUUAAAAACUGAUACCUA